UAUCACCCCUUCUCUUUCUUAAAUUGACUCAAAUCAAAUCAUUUCCCCUCUACAAAGAAAGAAAACAAAUAACCCUAGACUCACACACACAUCUCCUCCUCCAAAUAUAGAAAAUUAAACCAAUAACUCACCGAUCACACUCUGUCUCAUAAAACCAACCAUCACUCUCUCACACACAAACAAACACACACACACACAUGCGAUAUGGAAGGAGGUGAUGAUUUCCACCACCACUUCCAUCACCACCACCACCACCGACAAAACUUCCCACUCCAACUCCUUGAGAAGAAAGAGGAUCAAGAAGCCGCAUCUUGCUCCCCCUCAUCACCUUCAUCACUAGCCAUCAUCUCCCCCGAACCUGCCACCACUUCAAACCAACUCGCCGCCGCCGAGGCGGAACCCUCCAACAGCAAAAAGCCUCCGCCCAAGAGAGCCACCACCAAAGACCGGCACACAAAGGUAGACGGCCGCGGCCGCCGCAUCCGUAUGCCGGCCCUCUGCGCUGCCAGGGUCUUCCAGCUCACCCGGGAGCUCGGCCACAAGUCCGACGGUGAAACCAUCGAGUGGCUCCUCCAGCAGGCUGAGCCCUCGGUAAUCGCCGCCACUGGAACCGGCACCAUCCCCGCAAACUUCACAUCCCUCAACAUAUCCCUAAGAAGCUCAGGCUCAUCCAUGUCCGUCCCCUCCCACCUCCGAUCCUCCUACUUCAGCCCUAACUUCUCCCUCCCGCAGCGUCGGCCGACCUUCUUCGAAAACACUUCCACCACCACCGCCGCUGCUGCAUCCACCACAACCUUUCUCAAUUUCCAACCCAACAGCCUGAACAACAUGUUUCAAGCCAAGCAUGAAGGGCUAGAUUUAUCCGAGAAACCGAGACACGGCGCCGAGCAAGACUUGUUAUCACCAUCUUCAUCUUCAUCCUCAUCCUCAUCCCAGCAGCAGCAGCAUCAAGUAGGAAGCUACUUUCUCCAAUCAAGCAGCGUCGGGACGAUUCCGGCGAGCCACGCACAGAUUCCAGCUAGUAUAUGGAUGCUGGCGAAUUCUAAUAACAACCAAGGUAUGAGUGGUGGUGAUUGGGUUAACAAUAGUGGUUUGUAUAGAGGAGCUUUGCAAAGUGGAUUGCAUUUCAUGAAUUUUCCAACACACAUGGCCUUGUUACCUGGUCAACAAUUAGGGAGUGGAAUUGGUGGAACUGGGAAUGUAAAUGAAGGACAUGUGAGCAUGCUGGCAGGGCUGAACCCUUACCGGCCGGUGAUCGGCGUCUCCGAGUCUCAGGCGAGUGGAUCACAAUCACAUCACGAUGGCGGCGGUGAGGACGAUCCUCGUGAGAACAACAAUCAUCAUCAUCAUCACUCAUAGAUGAGUUCUUCUUGUUGAUCUUAUAGUAGUUUGAUGGGUUAGUUAACUCAACGUGAGAGGUUUGAUUGCCCUGCAGAGAAAUUGAGUUUUGUUUAAUGUUUAUUUUAAAAGAAUAAUUUAUUUCUUUUUUUGUGUGAUUAAUUAAUGUUUUGGAAGAGGUGCGUGCAUGAUGGAAGAACAGGUGGGGAAGGUUUUUUAGGGUUUCUGAGAGAUGAUGAUACUGUUUAACAGUUGGGUUUUUUGCUGGAGUUUUUUUUUGUAAGGAAAAAAAAAGUUUCCUUUGAUUUAUUUCAUUACACGAUAUCUUAUCAUCA